AUGAAAACGAAAGCUCUAAAUACAAAUGCUAAAAUUUUUCGUUCUAAUUUAAACAAUAAGUUUAAAUUAACACCGUUUAAUCUUCAAUUAAAUGAUUUAGGUAGAGUAAAAUACUUACCUCCUGUGUCUAAAGAAUGAAAAAAUACAAUCUAUUCAUAUUAUAAAAAAAAUAUGCAAAACUUACCUAUAGAUAAUAUAAAUGCGAAUAAAGUAAUACAAAGUUAUUUUAAUUUAUAUUUUGAUAAUAAAUUUCAAGGAUCAAGAUUGAUAUCUCCUAAAACAAGAAGUUUAUUAUUAAAAAAAAUCUAUGUAAGUAAAAUGGAAACAAAACAUACAAAUUCUAAAGCUAUAGUAACUUUAUACACUAUUAAUGCAGAGAAGAAUAAUGUAUAUCAAGAAUAUUUUAAACAUUUAAAUGAUUGUGAAGAUGAAUUCUUAACUUUAUUUAAAGAUGAAUUAAAAAACAUAAUUCAUGGUGCUAACUCUUCAGGAGCCCAGGAGUUACAAGCUAAUACAAAUAAUAUUACUUUAGUAGCCUUAGGUUCUAAAAACGAAGAUCAAAAACAAAUUCUUUUUUCUAAAUAUAAAUUUUUAACAGAGUCUUUAGAAUGUUUUAAUUUAUAUUUAAGAUUAUAUUUAAGCAUCCAAUUUAAAGAAUCAUAUUCGGAUAAAUUGGAUUUAUUAAGAAAAUACGAAUUAAAUUAUUAUUUAAAUAAAUUGAAAUUUGAAAAUAUUUACUUACAUAAAUUAAGUAGUAUUUUAUCUAAAAUUUUUAAUAAAAAUAUCGAAUUUAAUAUAAUAAAUUUGAAAUCUUUGGCUUUUAACCCUGAAAUUUUUACUCAAGCUUUAACUUUAAAAUUAAGAAAACCUAAAUCUCAGGUUAUAAGAGUAAUGGAUAGUUUAUUAAAAGUAGCCAAAUUACCUCAAGUUAAUAGAAUUCAGGAAAAAGCUAUUAUGGUUAAAUCUAAAGAUUUCUCUUUAUUACAAAAUGCUUAUCCUAAUUUAAGUUUAGUUUCUAUAUUAAAGGACUCUAAAUUAAUAAAUUCAGGUUCUUAUAAUUCAUUAUUGGAAGCCAAAUCUUAUAAUACUAUAGCAGCACAAACUUCAGUUAACGACUCACAGCAUAGUAGAUACUAUAGCAAUAUUUCUAAUAUAAUAUUUAAUUCUAUUAAAUAUAAAAAUUUAGGAGGUGUAAGAUUAGAAGUUAAAGGAAGAUUAACAAGACGUAAUAGAGCAGAUAGAUCUGUAUUUAAAUUUAAAUGAAAAGGAGGAUUAAGAAAUAUAGAUUCUUCUUUUAAAAAAUUAUCUACAGUAACAUACAGAGGUUAUUAUAAACCAAAUGUAAUGUAUUCAUUAUCUGCAUCAAAACGUCGUGUAGGAUCUUUCGCAGUAAAAGGUUGAGUAAGUGGUAAAUAA